CAGAAAUGAAGCUGUGAUCUAUUCCACUCACAGCGGCGGGACCUCUCAGGCACGCACCAACACUAGAAUGGUUGUUCCCCGGAAAUGUCGGCCCAACCUCUUCCACGUCUGUCUAUUACUGUGUGCAACUGGAGCGGUUUUGGGAGAGUUCCAGCUGGAGCCGUUAAAUUUAACAGUGCUUCAAGGCUGUGAUGCAAGAUUCAACGCCACUGUAAAAGGAACCUGGAAUUUUAUGACCUGGACUGUCGGAGGAUUGUUGGUGCUCAAUUUCAACAUCAACGGUGACAUGACCUCGUCCUCAGAGCAGUUCUCUGCCAGGUUCUGCUCCCGUGACACCAGCUGUGUGGAAUUGACCAUCCAUAACGUCGCCCGCAGUGAGGAUGCCAGCCUUGUCAUGUGCAGUGUGUCCGGGUCUUAUGGCUCCAAGACGGCCCAGCUUCACGUACAAGAGAGCGGUACGGUCAACAUCAAGGGAGAAAACGUGACGGUGGUGCAGCAGGGCCAGCAGGUGGAGAUACAGUGUGUCACAUCUGCUUGGUUCCCAAUCCCAACUGUCAGGUGGACACAAAAUGGCCAAGCUGUGAGCAGCAGUCUGCAAAACACUACCAGCAUGGCCGAUGGGGAUACAUUCAACUCCUCGAGCAUCCUGAAGUUCCAGGCAGACAGAAACACCACGGUGGAGUGUCAGGCCACUGUGUCGUCACUAACAAGCCCCCUAUUCAGCUCUGUCUUCUUGGUGGUUGUUCCCAGCCCCCCUGACUGGACCGUGCUGAUAGCCGUGGUCGUGUCCAUCGGAGGUCUUGCUCUGCUGGUUUUGCUCAUCCUCGGAAUUAUCUUUUGCUACAAGCGCAGCAAAGAAAAACAAUCCAAUUACCAGGAUGAAAUGAGUAGAAGAGUGAGGAUACACAGCCAGAUGAGCGGUGGCAAUGCAGCUGAACAGAGACAGGGUCGAGAGAACGCAGGAUACGUGCCAGAGGGUACAACUAGUAAUACACAAACACGCCUUCCUCCCAGCACACUCAGUGACAGUGUUUUUUCCCAGGAAAACGGCUUCAAAGUGUCUGAGGUGGCUGAUGAUGUGAACACUAACCAGGCGAGAAAUGGCUACAGUGGCACCCACAUCACAGUGGGUGAAUCAGGCGUCAGGAAACACAGACACGUCACCAUCGUGUGAGAAGAGGACUGAAACGUUUCUGGAACAGCUUAAAGCUUUGUAGGAUAUAUUUUAUAUUCCUCCUCAAUAACAGCAUCAUCGCAAGACCAUGGACAGUUAAGGCUUUAUUAGCACUACCGGUUCUAGUUGUUCUCGACUGACCGCCCAGAGGCCAUAUUUAUGUUGAAUUGCUAUUAUAGUUCAAGCCAUUAAGUCACGUACUUGUAUUGAUGUGUUCAAGACAAAUAUUCAAAAGGGACCAUUAUAAAAUGACUUUGUUCCACCACAUCUGUAAGUGUCUUAAAGUGUAAGUCCUUCCUAUGUUUCUCUGCUCGGUAUCCUAUUUAGAUGGGAUAAUGUUGUAAGCAAUUAAACCUUUAACAUACAGUGUUUGAAUGGUCCCUAUGAAGAACAUUUCCCAUGAAUGAAUUGUUAGAUCGUCCUAAAAUUUCUUUUUCUCUUUUUGGUUAAUAUAAUUAAUUAAAGGUGCUCAAUUUGGAAUUCAAAGCCAAAAGAAAAACUCACAGGCACGAAAGGAAUGCACUGACAGCCUGGAUUUGUCAACAGGGCUUUGAGAUAUUAUAUAUGGUCAUAAAUGAAUUAUCCCGAGAAUAGAUGACAAAAGGUCGACGCAGUUGGUUAUAGAGGCUGGAAAUGGUUGGAAGUCACUGAUCCAUCUAUCAUGAAAAUGCUUACAUAUAUCUUG